AGGAGGAGGAGAAGGAGGAGCAGGAGCAGGAGCGGGAGGAAGCCCAACUUCCGGGUAGUAGGGCGGCAAAGCACCGGCAUCAUUCUUUUUCUACCCCCCUGGGCAGCCCCCUCCCCUCGUUUUUCCCCUUUCUCGCCCCUCUGCCUUCUCCCCGCUCCCUGCUGCCGACAUGAACAGCUCGGACGAGGAGAAGCAGCUGCAGCUCAUCACCAGCCUGAAGGAGCAAGCAAUUGGUGAAUAUGAAGAUCUUAAAGCUGAAAACAAGAAAACAAAAGAGAAGUGUGACAAAAUUAAACAGGAACGGGAUGAAGCAGUUAAGAAACUGGAGGAGUUUCAGAAAAUUUCUCACAUGGUUAUAGAGGAAGUAAAUUUUAUGCAGAACCAUCUGGAAAUAGAGAAGACUUGUCGAGAAAGUGCUGAAGCCCUUGCAACAAAGUUAAAUAAAGAAAAUAAGACUUUGAAAAGAAUCAGCAUGCUCUAUAUGGCUAAACUGGGGCCUGAUGUUAUAACUGAAGAGAUAAAUAUUGAUGAUGAAGACUCAGCUACAGAAACGGAGGGAACCUCUGGAACUUGUGACUCUGUACAAUGUCAACAGCAAAUAAAAGAACUUCGAGAUCAAAUCAUAUCUGUUCAGGAAGAAAAGAAGACAUUGGCUAUUGAACUAGAAAAUCUGAGGUCCAAGCUUGUUGAAGUCAUUGAGGAAGUAAAUAAAGUUAAACAAGAAAAAGCUGUUUUGAAUUCAGAAGUUCUUGAACAAAGAAAAGUGCUGGAAAAAUGCAACAGAGUGUCCAUACUAGCAGUGGAAGAGUAUGAAGAAAUGCAGGUGAACCUUGAAUUGGAAAAGGAUCUUCGAAAGAAAGCUGAGACAUUUGCACAGGAGAUGUUCAUUGAACAAAACAAGCUUAAGAGACAAAGCCACCUUCUGCUGCAGAGCUCGGCCCCUGACCAGCAGCUUUUGAAAGCUUUAGAGGAAAAUGCAAAACUCACCCAGAUCUUAGAAGAAGAGAGAAUUCAACAUCAACAAAAGGUUAAAGAACUGGAAGAGCAACUAGAUAAUGAAACACUCCAUAAGGAGAUCCAUAAUCUCAAACAGCAACUGGAGCUUCUGGAAGAAGAUAAGAAGGAAUUAGAGCUGAAGUAUCAGAAUUCCGAGGAGAAGGCUAAAAAUCUAAAGCACUCAGUUGAUGAACUACAGAAACGAGUACACCAGUCAGAAAAUUCAGCGCCACCCCCACCACCUCCUCCUCCACCUCUUCCCCCUCCACCUCCUAAUCCAAUCCGGUCUCUCAUGUCCAUGAUACGAAAGAGAUCCCACCCGAGCAGCAGUGGAGCCAAGAAAGAAAAAGCAGUUCAGCCAGAAACUGCAGAAGAAGUCACAGACCUCAAGAGACAAGCAGUUGAAGAAAUGAUGGAUAGGAUUAAGAAGGGAGUUCAUCUUAGACCAGUUAAUCAGGCAACCAGACCAAAGGCCAAGCCAGAAUCUUCAAAAGGCUCUGAAAGUGCAGUGAAUGAACUAAAAGGAAUACUGGAGACACUUAACACAUCUGCUAGUUCAAGAAACUUAAAAUCUCUUGAUACUGAAAACAGUGAAACUGAGUUAGAAAGAAUUUUACGGCGCAGAAAGGUGACAGCAGAGCCAGAUAGCAGUAGUCCAACGGGGAUAUUAGCCACUUCAGAGUCCAAAUCCAUGCCAGUGUUGGGUUCUGUAUCCAGUGUAACAAAAACUGCAUUGAACAAGAAAACUCUGGAGGCAGAAUUCAACAGCCCGGCCCCCAAAACACCUGAGCCAGGUGGAGGGCCUCAUAAACUGGAAGGAAGCACAAGUCCCAAGGUUACACUUCAACCACCCAGUAACAUUGGAGGUACAAGAAGAGAUAUGGGCAAUGAAAAACAGGCGGGUCCAGUUGUAUUUUUAGAUCCCAUUUCCACAAGCAAACCCCAAACCAAAGACCAGGUGACUGAAAAUGAGUCAAGUCAACCCAAGGAGGAUGAAGAUGGCAACAAACAAGAAUGUAAAGAAGAUAGAGUUGAGAAAAUAAAAGAGACAAACAGUUCCAGCUGCUAAUUUAUGAGCCAACAGGCUGCCAUUUUUGGAAGUCCUUUUCAAUAAGCACAUAAUGAAAUUGGGUGUCUUGUCAAGGGCUGUGAAUUCUGAACUUCUAAAUGUAUUCAAGAAUUCAGAUUCUAUUCUAAUGCCCCAUUGUAUGUAGUUUAGCUGUAUACAUUAAUAAGUUCUGUAACAACACAGAUUUCAAGUCACUUUGGGUUUUGGUCUUUCUGUGCUAUAUAGGGAUAAGAUUUUUCCUAGCUGUUUUUUUGUUCAUUGUCGUUACCUUCCAAGGGUUAAAAAAAAUCCAUUUUUAAAUGAUGUGCUAAUCACUCAUCAUCUCUACUGAGGAAAGAAAUUAUGGUACUUAUUGAAUAAUGAGAUUACCCAAAUGAAUUUAACUUUUGAUAUACCACACAUUGUAAAUAUUUUAUAUGUAUGUCCAUACUGUAGUUUAAUCAACAUUGGCAUCUAGCAAUUUUUGGCAACUUUACAGACCCCAAAGAAGUCAGUUUCUGUCAUACCUGACCAUCUUGUGAUGGAGUGACUACAGCAACAAUGAAAUGAUUUGCCUUUCAUCCAUGCAAAUUACAUUCUGAGGGUUUCUGGAACAGAAUUUACAUCUGAGAUACUGACAUCUAAUGGAUGCCCCCUUAGUCAAAGUGGACCCCAACAUAGUCAUGGUUAGUGUAUGGGAACAGAAAAUUCAAGCAGUGGAACUGUACUAAGAUUUCCCAUGGGAAUUUCAGUGGGAAUAUACUACUGCAUUUGGCAUGCUUGUUGGAGUCAGGUAAAACCCAAACCUUUAAGUUCCAUGCAGUGUGGGUAUUCUAAGCCAUAUACUGUGGUGAUAUGUGUAGUAUCAUGUACUGAUGUGAUAGAAGUACCACAUUUUAUCACAGCUCUUAUUUACAGUGAAACUGAGUGACAGGUACAUAAUCUUCCUGAUUUACUGCUAGUCUACAUUACAUAAGGGAUUUUUAAAAAGGAAUUAAGUGGUAGGUAUUCUCUAAAAAUACAAUAUUUCAGGCCGCAACAGUGAACAAAUAGAAAUGUAAUCAGGGAUUUUUUUUUAACUUGUGCAGCUUUUCAAACUUGAUUGUUUCAAAAUUGGUGUUUAUUUAAAAUAAGUGGUAAUGUAUUUGAAUGCACUGUAAGUUUUUUUUAUGAUAAUGAUUCAGUAAUGGUAAUUUAACUCUUCAAGCAAACGAAUGGUUUUGUUUUGUUAGUUUUGCUCUGCAUGCAGCUGUCAGGUGUUCUUCACCUAAGGGCAAAAGAAAAUGAUAAGUACUAAUUGCAGUAGUUGUAUUUUAUGUUUGCACGAGUGCUAAUAAGCAGGGAUUGGUUGAGCUGAAUAGGCAAUUUCCUAAUCUUGGGGAGAAUUUUCUUUCUGCGAUUUCUAAUAAUAAAUUUUAAACUUAGUUAUGUUUCCUUACAAAAAGUUGAAAAUGUGACACUUUAAAACUGUAACUCACCCCAAAAUAAUAGCACUAUUGUGUGAUAUAUAUACAUAUAUAUAUACACAUAUAUAUAUAUAUAUAUAUAGGGGCUACCAACUGUUUUAAAAAGAUACUGAAUCUGUACUUCCUUAAACUUUUUUCUGAUCUGCUGUGACAAGUUAUAUAGCAUCUCAUCACAACUUAUUAAAAAGUAUCAACAGUU